GAGGGCGGGGCGCUGAGAGAGAGAGGGGCGGGGGUGAAGGAGAGGCAACAGAGUGACACAGACGAAGGAAGCAGGUUGAGAAAACAUAUGUCUAAAAAGAGGGACUGUGAGAAAAGAGUCAAACGAUAAGGAGAGAAAGAAAGCAGGAGUGAAAAACAGCCCGACGGGGAGAAUGGAACGGUGAGGCCAGAGACCAGAGUGAAAAGCAGCCCGACGGGGAGAAUGGAACGGUGAGACCAGAGACCAGAGAGAAAAAGAAACUACAAGGGUGAAUCAGGGAAAACUCCGGUCCGGUCAUGGAAGCAGAGCUGGAAGAAGAGGACGGGAGUUUCACUAACAUCUCCCUCGCCGAUGACAGACCUUCAGGGGACAGAGGAACUGCAGUCCUGCUCACCAAACAGGACAACGAGGACUUCACCAUGAACUGUCACAUGGAUGGAGACAUGGAGAACCAGGUUGAGAUGGAGGAGAAGACUAGGCUCAUCAACCAGGUGCUGGAGCUACAACACACACUGGAAGACCUGUCAGCACGUGUGGAUGCGGUCAAAGAGGAGAACCUGAAGUUGAAGUCGGAGAACCAGGUUCUAGGCCAGUACAUCGAGAACCUCAUGUCGGCCUCCAGCGUGUUCCAAACCACCGACAACAAGAGCAAACGGAAGUAACCCACGGCGACCGAGGGGAGUUGAGACCACCUACAAUAGCCCGGUAGCAGGUCUGUUUGUGCCGACACAAACCGUAGGCAUGAUGGCACAGACAGACUGGCACUCAGGCUACCUGCAACAUCUCCUCUCCCAAAUGACAGCCGAGGAGGUAGAAGAUGUUUGUGACCACAGUUCUAGGGACGGAUAUGGGCGUGUUCCUAAUGACAGAUUAUUUCCUAAGUAGUGCACUAUGUAGUGUACAGAAUGCCAUAAGCUCUGGUUAAAAGUAGUGUACUAUGUAGUGAAUAGGAUGCCAUGAGCUCUGGUUAAAAGUAGUGUACUAUGUAGGGAAUAGAAUGCCAUGAGCUCUGAUUAAAAGUAGUGUACUAUGUAGUGAAUAGAAUGCCAUGAGCUCUGAUUAAAAGUAGUGUACUAUGUAGUGAAUAGAAUGCCAUGAGCUCUGAUUAAAAGUAGUGUACUAUGUAGUGAAUAGAAUGCCAUGAGCUCUGAUUAAAAGUAGUGUACUAUGUAGUGAAUAGAAUGCCAUGAGCUCUGAUUAAAAGUAGUGUACUAUGUAGGGAAUAGAAUGCCAUAAGCUCUGAUUAAAAGUAGUGUACUAUGUAGGGAAUAGAAUGCCAUGAGCUCUGGUUAAAAGUAGUGUACUAUGUAGGGAAUAGAAUGCCAUGAGCUUUGGUGAGAAGUAGUGUACUAUGUAGGGAAUAGGAUGCCAUGAGCUCUGGUGAGAAGUAGUGUACUAUGUAGGGAAUAGGAUGCCAUACGCUCUGGUGAGAAGUAGUGUACUAUGUAGGGAAUAGGAUGCCAUGAGCUCUGGUGAGAAGUAGUGUACUAUAUAGGGAAUAGAAUGCCAUGAGCUCUGGUGAGAAGUAGUGUACUAUGUAGGGAAUAGGAUGCCAUACGCUCUGGUGAGAAGUAGUGUACUAUGCAGGGAAUAGAAUGCCAUGAGCUCUGGUGAGAAGUAGUGUACUAUGUAGGGAAUAGAAUGCCAUACGCUCUGGUGAGAAGUAGUGUACUAUGCAGGGAAUAGAAUGCCAUGAGCUCUGGUGAGAAGUAGUGUACUAUGUAGGGAAUAGAAUGCCAUAAGCUCUGGUGAGAAGUAGUGUACUAUGUAGGGAAUAGAAUGCCAUACGCUCUGGUGAGAAGUAGUGUACUAUGUAGGGAAUAGGAUGCCAUAAGCUCUGGUGAGAAGUAGUGUACUAUGUAGGGAAUAGAAUGCCAUACGCUCUGGUGAGAAGUAGUGUACUAUGUAGGGAAUAGAAUGCCAUACGCUCUGGUGAGAAGUAGUGUACUAUGUAGGGAAUAGAAUGCCAUAAGCUCUGGUGAGAAGUAGUGUACUAUGUAGGGAAUAGAAUGCCAUACGCUCUGGUGAGAAGUAGUGUACUAUGUAGAGUAGUCUGAUCCUAGAUCUGUGGUUAGGGGGCAACUUCUAAUUCCAGACCCCCCAAAUCCUCCCUCCACUCCAACUACACCCCUAAGAGUCCAGUUUACAUUCUUGUUUGACCUCUUUUUACCCCCCCCCCCCCCCACAUGAUUUAACUGGUUUUAUAAUUCAUCUUAGAAUACUGUUUUGUGUUGUCAUGGCAACGGCAUCUCUAAUGAGUUAUGACAUCAGACCUUUUUAUUUCGAUGACUCGUUGGAUGUGAAUAUGGUCAAACUCCUGGCCCCAAAAUAUGAAUCUAACAUAUUGAAUGUGAAUAUGGUCAAACUCCUGGCCCCAAAAUAUGAAUCGAACAUAUUGAAUGACUUGUUGGAUGUGAAUAUGGUCAAACUCCUGGCCCCAAAAUAUGAAUCUAACAUAUUGAAUGACAUGUCAAUGUAAUACAAUAAUAUAAUAACGCAUCCCAUUGACUGUUCUCUCAUCUGAUUGGUCAAAAGGUUACUAGGUGUCUGUUUUUUUAAAUGUAUUGUUAAUUUCCGCCACUUAUUGAUCAACACAAACGUUAUGAAAUCUGAUUCUGUAUGACGUUUUUUUUUUUAAGCAGUACUACUAAGAUACUCCGAUGUGUGUUGUCGUCCCUGGUAUGCUACCCAUUCCACCAGGAAGGGGAUUCAUAUCGUCACCAUGGAGUGCUGUGUGGAGUCGGUAGGGGAAGGAAAAAGCACAGUGAACCUGUAUUCUGUUGUACAUAACAAACGAUGCCAUCUUGAACACAACCCCGGACUGGGGUCAAGUUACACGACAGGGUGAGACGGCCUCCUCUACCUAUGAUGGAGAGGAGAGGACAGAAGAGACCUCUGCUUUUUACUGUUAAGAGCCUUGAGUGGUAUUGAUUAGAACACUCAGGCUGUGGAACACUCCGGAAGGUUCCGUCAGUGCAUUAACACAGAGCUGCUGAUAAGGAGUGGUAUUGAUUAGAACACUCAGGCUGUGGAACACUCCGGAAGGUUCCGUCAGUGCAUUAACACAGAGCUGCUGAUAAGGAGUGGUAUUGAUUAGAACACUCAGGCCGUGGAACACUCCGGAAGGUUCCGUCAGUGCAUUAACACAGAGCUGCUGAUAAGGAGUGGUAUUGAUUAGAACACUCAGGCUGUGGAACACUCCGGAAGGUUCCGUCAGUGCAUUAACACAGAGCUGCUGAUAAGGAGUGGUAUUGAUUAGAACACUCAGGCUGUGGAACACUCCGGAAGGUUCCGUCAGUGCAUUAACACAGAGCUGCUGAUAAGGAGUGGUAUUGAUUAGAACACUCAGGCUGUGGAACACUCCGGAAGGUUCCGUCAGUGCAUUAACACAGAGCUGCUGAUAAGGAGUGGUAUUGAUUAGAACACUCAGGCCGUGGAACACUCCGGAAGGUUCCGUCAGUGCAUUAACACAGAGCUGCUGAUAAGGAGUGGUAUUGAUUAGAACACUCAGGCUGUGGAACACUCCGGAAGGUUCCGUCAGUGCAUUAACACAGAGCUGCUGAUAAGGAGUGGUAUUGAUUAGAACACUCAGGCUGUGGAACACUCCGGAAGGUUCCGUCAGUGCAUUAACACAGAGCUGCUGAUAAGGAGUGGUAUUGAUUAGAACACUCAGGCUGUGGAACACUCCGGAAGGUUCCGUCAGUGCAUUAACACAGAGCUGCUGAUAAGGAGUGGUAUUGAUUAGAACACUCAGGCUGUGGAACACUCCGGAAGGUUCCGUCAGUGCAUUAACACAGAGCUGCUGAUAAGGAGUGGUAUUGAUUAGAACACUCAGGCUGUGGAACACUCCGGAAGGUUCCGUCAGUGCAUUAACACAGAGCUGCUGAUAAGGAGUGGUAUUGAUUAGAACACUCAGGCUGUGGAACACUCCGGAAGGUUCCGUCAGUGCAUUAACACAGAGCUGCUGAUAAGGAGUGGUAUUGAUUAGAACACUCAGGCUGUGGAACACUCCGGAAGGUUCCGUCAGUGCAUUAACACAGAGCUGCUGAUAAGGAGUGGUAUUGAUUAGAACACUCAGGCCGUGGAACACUCCGGAAGGUUCCGUCAGUGCAUUAACACAGAGCUGCUGAUAAGGAGUGGUAUUGAUUAGAACACUCAGGCUGUGGAACACUCCGGAAGGUUCCGUCAGUGCAUUAACACAGAGCUGCUGAUAAGGAGUGGUAUUGAUUAGAACACUCAGGCUGUGGAACACUCCGGAAGGUUCCGUCAGUGCAUUAACACAGAGCUGCUGAUAAGGAGUGGUAUUGAUUAGAACACUCAGGCUGUGGAACACUCCGGAAGGUUCCGUCAGUGCAUUAACACAGAGCUGCUGAUAAGGAGUGGUAUUGAUUAGAACACUCAGGCUGUGGAACACUCCGGAAGGUUCCGUCAGUGCAUUAACACAGAGCUGCUGAUAAGGAGUGGUAUUGAUUAGAACACUCAGGCCGUGGAACACUCCGGAAGGUUCCGUCAGUGCAUUAACACAGAGCUGCUGAUAAGGAGUGGUAUUGAUUAGAACACUCAGGCUGUGGAACACUCCGGAAGGUUCCGUCAGUGCAUUAACACAGAGCUGCUGAUAAGGAGUGGUAUUGAUUAGAACACUCAGGCUGUGGAACACUCCGGAAGGUUCCGUCAGUGCAUUAACACAGAGCUGCUGAUAAGGAGUGGUAUUGAUUAGAACACUCAGGCUGUGGAACACUCCGGAAGGUUCCGUCAGUGCAUUAACACAGAGCUGCUGAUAAGGAACGUUGUUAAUCCUGCUUAUGGUAAUGGACUGUGGAAGCAUGACUGUGCUGUCCUCGGCUGGUUAUAGUAGAGAGAAAUAAGGAACGGGUACCAGCAGGAGAUUCUAUGAGAGCCUUUUAUCAGGGAUGUGAUUAGGACAACAUGAACAGUUGGGAUUUUGGCUCGGAGAUAGCGAGGUCAGUUUCAAUUCUAUUUGAAUAGAGGACAAAAUGGUCAGAAAUGCCUAAUUAAAAUCAGGAAGGAUCGCAACACUCAAUUGUACGGAGAUCGGCGUUUUGAGCAAGAGGUUCUACCAGAGAACCAUUCUAUGGUUCUAUUGGUUCCAGGUGCUAAAGGAAAAGAUUGGGGAACAUUGGGAUUCCACUGCACUUCAAUGCAUCACGUUAUUUAUUUUUAAUUUUGUAUUAUGUUGAAAAUGUUAUUAUAUUGUAUGUUCCACUGACUCUUGUUAGUCCCAAAUGGCACCAUAUUCCCUAUAUAGUGCACUACUUUGGGCCUAUAGGGCCCUGGUCAAAAGUAGUCUACCAUCUAGGGAACAGAGUGCCAUUUUGGGACAUUAAACUUAGUUUUUCCUUCAGGCAUGUUGAUAACGCACACACACAAUGAAACUAACUGCUGUUUAGAGAUUCUGUGACUCUGUUUCCUUUUAACAAUUUUGUUUUAAUAAAAUAAAAAAUACUUCUGAUGCUUU